UCUAUCCGUUCAGUCCACACAAACCCUUCAAACCCGUGAAACAGCAAAACCUUUACAAUGAAACGACAAAUACUAACCCUCUCCCUCCUCUUCAUCGCUGUAACCGUCGUGGUGGUUGACGCGGCGCUCCUCGGCGGAUGGAGUCCGAUAAAGGACUUGAAAGACAAGCACGUGGUAGAGAUCGCGGAGUUCGCCGUAGCAGAGCAUAACAAGGAAGCCAAAUCAAAUUUGAUGCUUGAGAGUAUCGUUAAAGGCGAAUCGCAGGUGGUAUCGGGUACGAACUAUCGGCUCGUUUUGGCAGUGAAAGGAAGGGCUAAUGCCAAGUACCAGGCUGUUGUGUAUGAGAAACCUUGGGAGAAUUUGAAGAGACUGACGUCGUUUCAACCUUUUAAAGGUUGAGAAAUGUAAUGCUCUGAUGUAAUGUUCUGAUUUCAGCUUUCUUUUAGAAAUUUGGGAUGAUAAUAUAAUAAUAGAGACUUUGGGGGUUCUUUUAUA